UGAUCAGCUGACGCGCUCACGUGACCGCGCCGAGCCCGUCUGCACAAAAUGGAGUUGUCAGACUCGGUAGUAAAGGGGCUUCAGACGCUGGCGGAUCCAGCCUGUUUCGACUUCAGAGCCUUUACUGCCUUCACCGAAGUAGCCUUCGACAGUCUGCUGUCCUCCAGAACCGACAGAGCUCUGGAUCUCCCAGAAUUGAAGAAAAUUGAUCAGGCUCUUCUGAAACACUGUCAUGUUGCAACAACAACAUUCAUACUAGAAGGAAUAAAGCAAAAUGCAGACAAGUCAACCAUUAGUUCGUGCCUUGAAGAUGUCAAAUUUGAUUCAGAAAGAGUGGACGCAUUUUAUACAUCAUACCAGAAAAAUAAAAGAAACCUGGAAAGUCUGUUGUCAAGUAUUGAUAGAUGCCCUCCCCACAUAACAGAUGCCUCUUGGCGCCUGGAAUAUUGCAUGAAGAAUGGCCAUGUGCAUAAUGUCAAUCAACCAACCUUCCUGAUAUCUUUUAAUACUGAGGACGGUGGAAAUGAGGGAACAUCUUCAGACGUAAAUUUUAGCUGCACGUUGGAGCAGCUUCAGGAUUUAGUGGGGAAGAUGAAGGACGCAGCGAAGAGCAUGGAGAGAGCCACCCAGCUAUCGACCCGCUUUGUUGGUGACUUUCGGGUUGAUCCGCUUCUGGGCAGCCUGGGUGUCCGCGUCGGUUCAGAUGUGCGCGCGAUCAAAUGCAUGUUCUGCUCAUUCCGCGCUAACGCCGUUUCUCCGUUUUGUGGGAGUUCACCCUUUUCCAUGACGAUGCAUCGUACAACCAGGAUCAAGAUCACAGAGCUGAACCCACACUUGAUGUGUGUGUUGUGUGGUGGAUACUUCAUCGAUGCAACCACAAUCAUAGAAUGCCUGCAUUCGUUUUGUAAAAUGUGCAUUGUCCGCUACCUGGAGACCAGUAAGUACUGCCCCAUAUGUGACGUCCAGGUCCACAAAACAAAGCCUCUUCUCAAUAUUAGGUCGGACAAAACUCUGCAGGACAUCGUGUACAAAUUGGUUCCAGGGCUCUUCAAAAAUGAAAUGAAGCGGCGGAGAGAUUUCUAUGCUGAACAUCCAUCAGUAGAUGUUGCAAAUGGGUCCAAUGAAGAUCGAGGCGAGGUAGCAGAUGAGGACAAGAGAAUCAUCACAGACGAUGAGAUUAUCAGUCUCUCAAUCGAGUUCUUCAACCCCAGGGCCAAACAGCAAAGCAAUGCAGAGAACAAACAGACAAAAGAAGAGGUAAAUAACAAGCGGUACUUGCAGUGUCCUGCUGCCAUGACUGUGAUGCAUUUGAGGAAAUUUCUGCGAAGCAAGAUGGAUAUACCCUGUACCUUCCAGAUUGAAGUUAUGUAUGAGGACGAGCCUCUGAAGGAUUACUACACCUUAAUGGACAUUGCUUACAUUUACACUUGGAGAAGGAACGGACCUUUGCCCUUGAAGUAUCGAGUGCGGCCUAACUGCAAAAAGAUGAAGAUCGCCCACCAGCAGGAUGGUCUCAACAGCGCCAACCGCUCGGAAAGCGACUCCGCGAGCGACAAGGCCAGCAGUCCAGCCGGAGCGCCGUCCACCUCGUCGCCGCUGCCCAGUCCGAGCACGCCGCUCCAGUCCCCGCACCCUCACUUCCCCCACAACAUCUCCAACCCCGUCAACGGCUCCUCCAUGACGAGCCCCAGUCGACAGUUCACCUUCGGUAGCAAAGCGCGCAAACCCUCCCUGAACGGCUCCUCCACGUCGUCGGGGUGACGAGGGCGGCCGACGCCGUGUCCCUGUAUCCUCAUGAGUAUCACAUCCCCCGUACUACAGGUGUAACUUUAACUUAGCGGAAGUGACGCAUUUCACCAGAUCUGCUGGAGCCUCGUUACUUUAGGCUGCAAAGCUACCGUGUCUGCAGCUGUUUGCGUAACAGACUGAUUUAUAUAUAUAUAUAUAUAUAUAAAUAUAUAUAUGUCUUUUUACUUUGGUCUUCAUUUAUUUUUUUUUUUUUUUUCCCAAAACAAAAGAAUCCAAAACGUGUUGCUUAAUUGUAUUUUUAAGCGUGUAUGUUCUCGAAAAGCAUGACUUUUUGACUUUUGGUUUGCCUUUUCUUGGGUAGUUUAGGCCUACUAAACAUUCCUGAUUAUAUUCAGCUGUAUCAAAGGAAAAUAUCUAUAUAUUUAGUUCAUUUUAAAGGACGGUAAAGGCCUGUAUGCGUUAGAGAAAAAAAAAUUAGGGUGAAAAUUUACCGUUAAGCUGUAGCGUCUUUUGAUUCUUACGCGAAAUUUUGUGAGGGGAAAAAUGACAACGUGCUGUGUUCAGCGAAGAGGCCCGCGCGCACAGGCAGACCCCCGUCUACUCAUCCUCUGGACCGCAGGUUCCGAGUUCUGCAGUGUUCAUGUGUCUCACCGGUCGACUGUAUGAGUAACUUGUUGUAUUGUGACUGUUGCACAGUAUAAAACAUCAAAAUAAAACAUUUUACACUUUCA